GCGCUUCUCACCCGGCUGCCUGCAGGCCUGGUUGGGCACAGCGGCCACCCCUCCAGUGAAUUCUUUCCUGCUGCUUCCCUGUUUACUCCCCAAGGCGGAGGGACUGGAACAGUCAGGUGCGACCCAGCAGGUGGAGUGGCUGAGCUGGCCCGAGGGCAGCCCCAAUAUGAACUCGAGUGUGGGUGUGGGUUAAUUUGGGUGGGAACAACCUGGAGACUACCACCAACACGUCCUGCUCCUCGCUGGUGGGGUGUGUGCAAAGCAGCAGAAUAAAUAGGAGACUCCCUCCUCCCAGCGACACUCAGGGAGCUGGUGGCCGCCGCCCUGGGUGUUUGCCUGCCCUGUAGCCAGGGUUCCAGCCUGCAGAGUAGUUUCGUUUCCUACUGGCUCCAGGAUUCGUUUCCAGGCGCCCCCUUGGACGCUGGUGGCCUGGAAAAGCCGCACAGAAAGAGGCGGGCGGCUGGUCUAAGGCCUGCCGGGCCCCGCAGCCCGGGUUUGAUGGACCGCACCGCCCCGGGCAGUGGCGCCAACUCCCUGCCACGGCUCCUGGCCUUGGGUCUAGUGAUCCUCCACUGUGUUGUGGCAGAUGGGAAUUCAACCAGAAGUCCUGAAAGCGAUGGCCUUCUCUGUGGAGGUACUGGAGAAAACUGUGCAGCUACUACCACACAAUCAAAGUGGAAUGACUACUUCUCUCCAUGUCCCAAGAAAUACGAGCAGUACUGCAUCAGUGGGCAAUGCCGCUUCGUGGGGGCCCUGCAAAAACCCUCCUGCCUCUGUGAUGAGGGCUACACUGGGGAAAGAUGUGAGAGAGUUGACUUUUUUUACCUACGAGGAGACACAGGACAGAUUUUGGUGAUUUCUUUGACAGCAGUUAUGGUGACAUUGAUCGUUCUGGUGGUUGGUGUCUGCACGUGCUGUCAUCCUCUUCGAAGGAAAAAGAAAGAAGAUAUAACAAAUCUUGGUAAAGAUUUAACUCCUGUAAAUGAAGAUAUUCAAGAAACUAGUAUUGCUUAAUGAGUCUAUGAAGGCACCUUCAGGCUGGUGGCAAGAUACAAAAUGCCUUGUUCAACUGAAAAUGGACAGAAUGUAUCUCAGGAAAUGAGCUAACAAAAUGAAUUUUAAGUGAUGUAUUUACAUUUGUAAUAGAUUGUGCUGUUUACUAUUGUUUUUAUAAUAAUAAUAAAUUUAUUAUUGUUUAGUAAUUGGGAAAAAGCACCCAGUUAAUAAGAGAAAUAUUUAUAAACUUCCACUUAAGUUUUGUCACCAGGAUCACUA